UCUCUAUAGAUUUGAGGUACUUGAUAAAGAUAAGCUCUGUUAACCACAAUCAGUAACAAUACAACCUAAUUGUAUAGAUUGAAAUUAUGUCAAAAUCGAAGGAGUUCACAUUUCGGCGUGCUCGAGUUGAAGAUAUAAAAGAUGUGCUUUCCAUGAUUCAGGAACUGGCUGACUUUGAGAAAAUGAGCAAUGGUCCACAGCUAACCGAGGACGACCUUAAAAGAGAUGCCGGCCUAACUGGUGAACAGGAAUAUUGUGAGGUCUAUGUGCUUAUAGACAAUGCAACUAACUUGCUUAUUUACUUUCUCAGCCAGGCGAUAGGCUACUCCAUUUGCUACAAGGCCUACUCCACUUGGCAGGGUCGCUACUUCUUCGUGGAGGACAUCUACGUGCGCCCAGAGCACAGAAAGCGAGGAGCCGGAAAGCGGAUCUUCCUGGAGGUUUCCGCCCGUGCCGUGGAGCUUAAAUGCCCGCGUCUGGAAUUUAAUGUCCUGGAGUGGAACCCCGCCCGCAAGUUUUACGAAAGCCUUGGGGCCGUGGAUUUGACGGCAAAAGAGGGCUGGCACUACUACCGCGUUGAGGAGCAGCAGCUGACCAAAUUGGCCCAAGAUCUAGCUAGGUCUUGAUUAAAAUCCAGUUUACAUUUUUACUACUUUAUAGUAGAAAGAUAAAUAAUUAAUAAUACUUGACCAUGGGCCGUAUAUGCUACGAGUAUAUUGCAAUUACAUUAUA